ACUCACUCUGUCUUCAAAACUGCCCGUGCAGGGAAGAGUUUAGUGUUUGCAGCACACUUCUGAGGCACUCUGCCUGUGUGCAGUGCGUUUUCUUUGUUCUAAUGGCGUGUGGAGAAAGCGGGGGCAGUAAGAUUUUACUAUGUCUAGGGCUCUUAGUGGCUGCUACCUCAUUUAGCCAUUGCACACGACUGACAAAACUUAAGGCACUGGAUAAAUUAAGAGGAAACUCGACACUUAGCAAAGAUCAAGCUGAAGGAGGUGAUCUGCGCCAUGGAAGACUCUUAAUUGGGCAAAACUCUCAGCAAGGUGAUGAUUUCAAAGGAACCAAGGCCACAGAGAACUUUUUGGAUGUUGAUACAGAUUACCAAGAAGACAUGGGUUGGGGGCAGCCCAAGCAACCUAAAGUACAAGGUGAUGGUGUUUCAAUACCAAAUUCAGAGCUAGGCAGUACAGCAGUGGAGCAACUCCUUAAAAUGGAACCAAAGGUUGAAUGUACAGGUGACUCCAUGAAGCUUCAGGUCCAAGAUGCUGCUUCUACUCCUGGAUCUCUGUUAUUUGUGGACAGGGGAAGUCGCAUCUCUCCUCUGCCUCUGUCCAAACUGCCACCAAGCUGUGGUUACACCAUCAAGUCAACAAGAAGAGAUUUGGUCUUGGUUGCACCUUACGAUGGUUGUUUUGUUUCUCUUGAGGAGGAUAGCUAUGUUCUCCCGUUACGUUGGUGGGGGUUACCAGUAAGGAUGUCAUGCCCUUUAAUGAGGCAGUCGUCACCUAACCCUCCAAUGGUCACCUGCCACACUGAGGGCAUGGUUGUGAAAACGGGAUGGACGGUCUCUGUUGCUGAAAUUAACGUAAAUUUGAAUAGUAACUGGGAGCCACUGAUGAAGGCAUCAUCCAGAUGUGGGUUCAGUGUAGUUGUACAUCCUGAAGGUGUAGUCAUCUCCGUUCACUAUGCACCCUGCCUGGAGAAAAAGGAUGGAAUGUAUACCCUUGAAUUGGCUGGAGAGGGAGAGACUAAAAUUUCCUGUCCAUCACUGUCACCAGCUCAAACUGAGCACCCAAAGAGGCCUGCAGAUGGUUCCAAAAUGCCAAGCGAAGGGUUGCAUCUCUCCGUCCCAUCUCCGAAAAAUCCAUCACAUUCUGUUGUUCCCCAGGUGCCAGGUUUCCCAAAGGAGCCAGAAGUACUGAACAACAAACCAAACAGAGAGCCAAAGCCUUUCUAUCCCUACCCCUUCCCCUUCUACCCUCAGCCUAAUCCUGGAAAGCCUGCUCCUGAACAACUGACCACUGCUCCUGAGCCUGAAAAGCCAUCAGCUUCCCCAAAACCUCAACAACAGCCUGAAGCCCCUCAGGGACAAGUACAGCAGCCUUUCUACCCCUACCCCUUCCCCUACCACCCUUGGCCAAAACCUGGAAAGCCUGUUUUAGAGCCUGAAAAGCCAACCACUGCUCCAGAGACUGAAAAGCCAUCAGCUGCUCCAGAGCCCGAGAAACAAACCACUGCUCCUAAACCUCCACAGCCACCUGCAAAUCCUCAGGGCCAAGUACAGCAGCCUUUCUACCCCUACCCCUUCCCCUACCACCCUUGGCCAAAACCUGGAAAGCCUGUUUCAGAGCCUGAAAAGCCAACCACUGCUCCUGAGACUGAAAAGCCAUCAGUUUCUCCAAAACCUCAACAGCCUGAAUCCCCUCUGGGACAAGUGCAGCAGCCUUUCUAUCCCUACCCCUUCCCCUACCACCCUUGGCCAAAACCUGGAAAGCCUUCUCCAGAGCCUGAAAAGCCAACCACUGCUCCCGAGACUGAAAAGCCAUCAGCUGCUCCAGAGCCCGAGAAACAAACCACUGCUCCAAAACCUCCACAGCCACCUGCAAAUCCUCAGGGCCAAGUACAGAAGCCUUUCUACCCCUACCCUUUCCCCUACCACCCCUGGCCAAAGCCUGCUCCAGUGCCUGAACAUCCAGCCACUGCUCCUGAACCUGAGAAACAAACCACUGCUCCACAACCUCCGCAGCCUGCAAAUCCUCAGGGCCAAGUACAGCAGCCUUUCUACCCCUACCACCCUUGGCCAAAACCUGGACAGCCUGCUCCAGAGCCUGAAAAGCCAACCACUGCUCCUGAGCCUGAAAAGCCACCAGUUUCUCCAAAACCUCAACAGCCUGAACCCCCUCUGGGACAAGUGCAGCAGCCUUUCUAUCCCUACCCCUUCCCCUACCACCCUUUGCCAAAACCUGGACAGCCUGCUCCAGAGCCUGAAAAGCCAACCACUGCUCCUGAGCCUGAAAAGCCAUCAGCCUCCCCAAAACCUCAACAGCCUGAAGCCCCUCAGAGACAAGUACAGCAGCCUUUCUAUCCCUACCCCUUCCCCUACCACCCUUGGCCAAAACCUGGAAAGCCUGUUUCAGAGCCUGAAAAUCCAACCACUGCUCCAGAGACUGAAAAGCCAUCAGCUGCUCCAGAGCCCGAGAAACAAACCACUGCUCCUAAACCUCCACAGCCACCUGCAAAUCCCCAGGGCCAAGUACAGCAGCCCUUCUACCCCUACCCCUUCCCCUACCACCCUUGGCCAAAACCUGGAAAGCCUGUUUCAGAGCCUGAAAAGCCAACCACUGCUCCCAAGACUGAAAAGCCAGCAGCUUCCCCAAAACCUCAACAGCCUGAAGCCCCUCAGGGACAAGUACAGCAGCCUUUCUACCCCUACCCCUUCCCCUACCACCCUUGGCCAAAACCUGGAAAGCCUGUUUCAGAGCCUGAAAAGCCAACCACUGCUCCCGAGACUGAAAAGCCAUCAGCUGCUCCAGAGCCCGAGAAACAAACCACUGCUCCUAAACCUCCACACCCACCUGCAAAUCCUCAGGGCCAAGUACAGCAGCCUUUCUACCCCUACCCCUUCCCCUACCACCCUUGGCCAAAACCUGGAAAGCCUGUUUCAGAGCCUGAAAAGCCAACCACUGCUCCUGAGCCUGAAAAGCCAUCAGUUUCUCCAAAACCUCAACAGCCUGAAUCCCCUCUGGGACAAGUGCAGCAGCCUUUCUAUCCCUACCCCUUCCCCUACCACCCUUGGCCAAAACCUGGAAAGCCUUCUCCAGAGCCUGAAAAGCCAACCACUGCUCCCGAGACUGAAAAGCCAUCAGCUGCUCCAGAGCCCGAGAAACAAACCACUGCUCCAAAACCUCCACAGCCACCUGCAAAUCCUCAGGGCCAAGUACAGAAGCCUUUCUACCCCUACCCUUUCCCCUACCACCCCUGGCCAAAGCCUGCUCCAGUGCCUGAACAUCCAGCCACUGCUCCUGAACCUGAGAAACAAACCACUGCUCCACAACCUCCGCAGCCUGCAAAUCCUCAGGGCCAAGUACAGCAGCCUUUCUACCCCUACCACCCUUGGCCAAAACCUGGACAGCCUGCUCCAGAGCCUGAAAAGCCAACCACUGCUCCUGAGCCUGAAAAGCCACCAGUUUCUCCAAAACCUCAACAGCCUGAACCCCCUCUGGGACAAGUGCAGCAGCCUUUCUAUCCCUACCCCUUCCCCUACCACCCUUUGCCAAAACCUGGACAGCCUGCUCCAGAGCCUGAAAAGCCAACCACUGCUCCUGAGCCUGAAAAGCCAUCAGCCUCCCCAAAACCUCAACAGCCUGAAGCCCCUCAGAGACAAGUACAGCAGCCUUUCUAUCCCUACCCCUUCCCCUACCACCCUUGGCCAAAACCUGGAAAGCCUGUUUCAGAGCCUGAAAAUCCAACCACUGCUCCAGAGACUGAAAAGCCAUCAGCUGCUCCAGAGCCCGAGAAACAAACCACUGCUCCUAAACCUCCACAGCCACCUGCAAAUCCCCAGGGCCAAGUACAGCAGCCCUUCUACCCCUACCCCUUCCCCUACCACCCUUGGCCAAAACCUGGAAAGCCUGUUUCAGAGCCUGAAAAGCCAACCACUGCUCCCGAGACUGAAAAGCCAUCAGCUUCUCCAAAACCUCAACAGCCCGAAGCCCCUCAGGGACAAGUACAGCAGCCUUUCUACCCCUACCCCUUCCCCUACCACUCUUGGCCAAAACCUGGAAAGCCUGUUUCAGAGCCUGAAAAGCCAACCACUGCUCCCGAGACUGAAAAGCCAUCAGCUGCUCCAGAGCCCGAGAAACAAACCACUGCUCCUAAACCUCCACAGCCACCUGCAAAUCCUCAGGGCCAAGUACAGCAGCCUUUCUACCCCUACCCCUUCCCCUACCACCCUUGGCCAAAACCUGGAAAGCCUGUUUCAGAGCCUGAAAAGCCAACCACUGCUCCUGAGACUGAAAAGCCAUCAGCUUCUCCAAAACCUCAACAGCCCGAAGCCCCUCAGGGACAAGUACAGCAGCCUUUCUAUCCCUACCCCUUCCCCUACCACCCUUGGCCAAAACCUGGAAAGCCUGUUUCAGAGCCUGAAAAGCCAACCACUGCUCCCGAGACUGAAAAGCCAUCAGCUUCUCCAAAACCUCAACAGCCUGAAGCUCCAAAGGGACAUGUAAAGCAGCCUUUCUACCCCUACCCCUUCCCCUACCACUCCUGGCCAAAGCCUGCUCCAGUGCCCGAACAUCCAGCCACUGCUCCUGAACCUGAAAAGCCACUAGCUGCGCCAGAGCCUGAGAAGCAAACCACUGAUCCAAAACCUCCACAGCCUGCAAAUCCUCAGGGUCAAGUACAGCAGCCAUUCUACCCCUACCCCUUCCCCAACUACCCUCAGCCAAAACCUGAAAAGCCAACUCCGGCUCCACAGCCACAACAGAACAUAACUAGCUCCAGUAAAAAUAACCCAGUGGAUUCUAAUUCACAACUUAGUAAUGGUAUAGUCUCAAAAAACCCUCAACCAGGCUAUCCAUACAUGCCACCUAUCCACUGCCCUCAGUUUUGCCCAUCUGGAUUUUCCAAUUGCUGCCCACAAAUUGCUUUUCAUCAACAUCUCCAUCAAAUUAUCCCUGCUGGAAUUCGCAGUGAAGAUGCACCUGCAUCCUAUCCAGUACUGCAAUUCCUCCCUUCAAUGGCAUAUCCUGGAUUUGUCAGUGGCUUGGAUACUGCUCCCAUUCCUCAAAAGCCAACUGUAACAACCACAACACAAGCUACCACAACUUCCACUCCUGCAUCCAGUUCACCUCAGUCCCUUCCAUCUGAAAAUGAAAAGCUGCCACCAGAUGGCAAUCCUACUCUACUAACUGGUAAUCCCAGCAUGCCUACAAAUCUUGAAAGGCCGAUUUACCCUUAUAUUGCACCAAACACACUGUUUCCUAACUGGCCAUAUUUACCGCAAAAUGAGGAGCUGCCAAAUCCUUCAGGAAGCCAAUCAUCAAAACCAUCUAAUGAAAGAUCCAUGGACCCUAAAGACCAAAUUGAACCUCUGCCAUUUGUGAGUGCCUCAAAGAAAUCCACUGAAAAUGAACAGAAUUCUGAACCAAAGGGUUAUGUGCUGCUACAGCAUGGCCCACCAGGUAGGGAGCCCAACCGUUUAGUUGAAUCUCAACUACAUUUCAGACACCCAGUUGGUGAUGCAAACAUCCUGGCACAAAAUAUGGCAUGGCAACAUGGGAAACCGCAAAAUCAGAAUGUAAAAUCCCCACAAGAAAAAACUCAACACCCCAAACAGAUGGGGAAAGGACAGUCCAAUUCCUUGCCUAAUGUGAACCACGCGCUAAGGCCUGGUGAGAACCCAGAAGGUGUCCCACUGUUUUUCCCUUUCAAUGGCCCUCAUUUUGUGCCUUUGCCCCAGGACACUGUUAAUGUGGCACAUUUAAACUCUAAAUUCAAAGACUUUUGGAGGCCUAUGACGCCCCUAAGCCACAGGGGUCAACCUCUCGUUCCGGGAAAGACAUUUCAGCGAAGGAGCUCUGCAGCUGACCACCAAGCAAAAGGAUUUAAUCAACCCAUUCAGAGGGAGGUUGGACAUCGGAGGCAGUAAUGAGUUGUCUUUAUUAUAAAUAAAAUGACUGAAAUGUGA